GACAGGGUUUCUCUGUGUAGCUUUGCGCCUUUCCUGGGACUCACUUGGUAGCCCAGGCUGGCCUCGAACUCACAGAGAUUCGCCUGGCUCUGCCUCCCAAGUGCUGGGAUUAAAGGUGUGCGCCACCACCGCCCAGCCGGGAAUUCUAAUUUUUAACCCAAUAAAGCUUCCAGAAAAGGAGAUAAAGCAACUGCAUGGCUGCCAUUAAAUACAAGAGGUCUAAUCAUAAAUCUUUAUGGUUUGUGAUCAUUGUAAGAAAUAUGAAAUAUGAGUCUUUUCUAUCAAAUACUACAAAACUUGUGUUUAGGACAAAGACUUAAAGUCUUUUUAUCUCUGCCACCUUGUAAGACUUUUAUGUAAAUAUUUUAAUACUUUUUCACUUCCUAUGUUCCAGUUCUUCUCAGACUAGCCAUUUAAUAAGGUUAUAAGGUCAGACCCCUUCAAUGGGGGAAAGACAUAGCUACUACCUGGGUUAUAAUAAAAAGUAAAUGCCUUUCCUCUCUUGAUCAACAGUCAAGUUUACCUUGUCCAGGCACUUAAAUUGCAGUGGUGAUCUCGUUCUCUGAGACCUUGAACAUAUUUCUAACAUCACUGCAAAGACAGUUGAUUAGGGCAGUUUUGUUGUAAUACAAUGGCAUUUGUUCUGAGUACUUCCCAAGGCUCACAAAAAGUACAGAGGUUUUUGGGAGGUUUAGAAAAUUCAUUUACUUUAAACCCUAUUGGUUGUAGUAUUAAGGCAACUCCAGGUAGUUAAAAGGGAAGUUUAUUUUGUGGGGUAACUUACAAGUAAAGGGAUAGGUUACAGGGUCUGGGAAAGGUGUAGCGCAGUCCAGCGGUGUUGUCUGGAAAACUCUGCUCAAUCUACCUCCAGCAUCCAAGAUCCAGCAACCAAGAGAGCCAGCAUAUCUGGAUCUCAGGUCUUAAGGGCUCCUGUCUCGGCCCCACCUUAUAGGCAUGACAGUUACCAAAGCCUCAAUGGGGGUAGUACUUCCAGGUCAAAGCUGCAGCAGCUACCCACUACAAAACCCUGUUAUUUUAGGACAUUAAACAAGUAACUGAGCCACUGAGAUGCAUAAUAUUUAAUAAAGUGAUUCAGCAUUCCUAAAAGAGUAUUCAAUAACGUCUCCAAAAAAAGAAAUAUACCCCCACCAGGCACAAAAAACCCUGGAGGGUCUCAAGUUCAAACAGAUAAUGAAGACCUUCUUGUUUCAUCUUGGAUGUUAGGCACCCUAUACCCUGCCUUUUCCUUUCUUAUGCCUUUCAAUUGGAAACUUGAGCACUUUCUUUAAGUAACAUGGAAGUUGGUAUAAGACAGAUGGUCAAGGUUAUUUAUAGAAUAAAUGUUUUUAUUCACAGCCAAGCUGUGAAUGUGCCAAGUUAAAUUAGGUAAGCUGGUGAUAAGCUAAGUGCUUUUCUUGUUAGUAACAGCAGUUGUUAAAAAUUCACAGUGGAAAGAUUAAAAUCCAGAGAGGUUACAUCUCACAGGAAAACAGUGCCCUCAGAAGAGGCUCGCUCUGAUUCUAUUUUAGAUCAACAAAUCUUUACCACUCUGUGGUAGCCCACAGAGGUUUCCUAGUGAGAUCUGAGCUUGCUUUACCCAGAAGGACUGUGUAAGAGGAUGAUUGGACCAUGGGCCUGGUUACCAGGUGUUUGGAAGGGUCUACAUUUGGUUGUAUCUAGCAAGGGUGAGGUCUUUGGCAUUGUUAUAAAAAGCCCUUUUGAAAAAGUUUUGGGCCAUUGGGUAUUGAUCCAGGUUUUCCUGAAGCUAUCCUGUGUUUCUGUCUUUUUUUCCUCUGUCAGCUAGGCUUAUCAUUCUAUCUAUCAUUCCUUAUUCUACUCUCCUCCUCAUAGGAACCCUGUAAAAGGUGGGAGCUGGUCCUCCACAGUUGGCACCAGAACUAGGGACUUGGGUGCAGAUGAAGUUAAGUGAGAGUAGGAAAGAACCCCAUGGGAAGCAGUUGGACAUGUCCGGUUUUGUGGUAAAAAUGAAGGUAGGGGUAUUCUAUUCUUUAGGAGUAAAAUUUUAAAUAUAAAGUAGAGUAGUUCAAGUAAAGCUAAAUAAGAAAGUAGUUAAAGUUAGGUUGUAACAAGUAUCUCUGUCUAAAUUUCUCUUUCUCUCUCAAUAUCUACUAAAUUAGGUUUUAAAAUGGUAGUAUAAAUAAGUCAUAGAAAUGUAGGCUUAGGUAUAUUAGGAUAGAAUAGGCUUUAGGUACACAGAUAUUGUGUAGGCUUACUAGGAAGGAACUUAGGGUAGGCUUAGAAUUUCCCUAGUGCUAGAACUGGGAUGCAGAGGGCAGCAUCCAGGACCUGUUAGCUGCUGUGAACUUGGCAGUCUGAGCAGCUUCAGAAACUUCAGAAGCCACCAACAAUGGUGGAUGCCAGAGCCAGCACAAGCAGCAACAGCCAGACAUCGGCAGCAGCCAGACAUCGGCAGCUGAGACCUGAGGGGCAUCAGCACAGUGCAGGUGGCAGAUGCCCAAGAGCCUGUGAGAGCAGUGAGGUUCUGUGUGUUUUCUACCAUGAGGAGCUGUGGUGAAGAGAAUACAGUCAGUCAGGGUACUUGUGAAAGCCUGACUGCCAUAGCUUGAGGCUACACUCAACUGUGACAAGCUGAACAGCAGAAAUACACACCAAGAGAGAGGCAAAUGACAGACAGUGACUUGGAGUGAAGCAGAGACUUCAGACUCCAGCAGUCAGAGCUCCCGGAGUCAGAGUCCCUGAUGUCUGGAGCCCAGCAGAGACGCCUUGGAAGCAGCAGCCAGAUGGGCAGCUAAGACAUGCCCCUGUGUGGAACGGCAUCAAGAACUGCUGAGACUGACACAGCCUGAGCUCCUAGUGGCAGGGUGUGGUUGGAACCAGGGAAUUGCCCUGGGGGCAGCAUUCAGCCAUGCAAGCAAGACAAUGCUCUUGGAGGAGGACUCCCAGCUGAGUAGGUAAUGGAGCCAGGGGUGCAGUGGCCAUAACUGGCUGUGACUGGGUUUCCUGCUGGAGCCAGGGUUGCUGUAUGCAAGCUACAGCUUGUAGUAAUGGGAAAAAUUUUGAGCCCAUGUGGCAAGAGGCAGUUGAGAGUGCUCGGGCCUCAGGACUGGGAUUGUAAAAGCUGAAAUGGAACAGAGCUGACAACUAAAGUCAUUAAGUUUCUGUUUGCUCACUGUGCAGAGAGCUUUUCUGAGGACCUCAUAGCAGCUCAGUUACUAUGGCAGUUACUUCACUCUGAGACAAGGUUCCUAGGAAAGACUGCCAUUAAAUGCUGCUGUAGGCCGGGCGGUGGUGGCACACGCCUUUAAUCCCAGCACUCGGGAGGCAGAGCCAGGCGGAUCUCUGUGAGUUUGAGGCCAGCCUGGGCUACCAAGUGAGUCCCAGGAAAGGCGCAAAGCUGCACAGAGAAACCCUGUCUCGAAAAACCAAAAAAAAAAAAAAAAAAAAUGCUGCUGUAACUGAAAGUGCCUCUGUGGCUGAGAACAAAAGUUUCAGAGAUGCUUGUUUGAGCUAGAAUUGUUAACUGCACAAAGUUUUUGGUUAUGAGUUUCUUCAUAUUUGGAAGACUGGUACCAGAAUUCAUUUUUUGAACUUUUCAGACUUAAGAAAUGAGAUGGAUAGAAGUGAUUCCAUUUCAAUGGGACAGUUUUGACUUUACCUACACAUAUAGACUCUAUUAACUGUGGUGAUUCACAAACUGUUUUGUGUUAAAAAUGGAACUGCUUAAAUGGAGAAUUUUGGGUUUUUUUUUCUCAAGCUCAAGAUGCAGGUUAAAAAAUUAUAAAGAAAAGGAGGAAUUAAUAUUCCUUAGUCUAUUUAAUUUAAUUAAAAUUUUUUUCUUGUUAUUUGAGUGGACUGAUGUUAAUUUGUGUUAAUGUACCCUAUGUUUUGUGUAGUUCUAUUAAGAAAUUGCUUUUGGAUUUUUGUUAAAGUUUUUAAAGUGUUAAUGGUUUAUCGAGAUUAUUGCUUUUGAAUGUAGGUUUGUAGGAAUUGUAAUUGUGUAUAGUCAUAUUUAUGUUAGAGUUAUUAUGCUAACCUAUUGAUACGGAUGCACCAUGGUUUGGUGAAGUUAAGGGAGUAUUUAAGUUUGAUGCGGAUGCAUCAGAAGUUUAUCCUAUGUUUUGUUAGCAAGAAAUGCAAAUGGUUCUAUUAAGAGAUUGCUUUAGCUCUUCCACAGGAGGUCUACACACUGCCAAUUGUACCGCCGCCAUGUCUCUAGUGAUCCCUGAGAAGUUCCAGCACAUUUUGCAAGUACUCAACACCAACAUUGAUGGGCGGCAGAAAAUAGCCUUUGCCAUCACUGCCAUUAAGGGUAUGGGGCGGAGAUAUGCUCAUGUGGUGUUGAGGAAAGCAGACAUUGACCUCACCAAGAGGGUUGGAGAACUCACGGAGGACGAGGUGGAAUGUGUGAUCACCAUCAUGCAGAAUCCACGACAGUACAAGAUCCCAGACUGGUUCUUGAACAGACAGAAGGACACGAAGGAUGGGAAGUACAGCCAGGUUCUGGCCAAUGGUCUAGACAACAAGCUGUGUGAGGACCUGGAGCAUCUGAAGAAGACUAGAGCCCACAGGGGGCUGUGCCACUUUUGGGGCCUUUGUGUCCGAGGUCAGCACACCAAGACCACUGGCCGCCAGGGCCGUACUGUGGGUGUUUCCAAGAAGAAAUGAGUCCCUGGGCCUUUGCUGUUAAUAAAUAGUUUAUAUGCCUGUGGGGAGAAAAAAAAAAGAGAUUGCUUUAAAAAAUAUUUUUGCUAAAGUUUUUAAAGUGUUAAUGGUUUUAUUAAGAGUUUGUUUUUGGAUGUAAGUUUGAAAGAAUUGUAAUUAUGUAUAGUAAUAUUUAAGUUAGAAUUAUGUUAACCUGUUAAUGUUUGGUGAAGCUAAGAGAGUCUUUAAGUUUAAUGCAGUUGCAUCUGGAGUUUAUUGAUUUAUUUGAUGUGGUUGCAUCAAGAGUUUUUUUUUUUUAAUUUAAAAAAGGGCUUGGUACAGCUAAGACUGUUGUAGUCAUCUUAGACCCAUUCCAAAAGGCCAUUCCAUCUUUAUCAUCCUUUACUCCUUUACAAAGGGAGCAGGAGUAUUGCUGUGGUAAUUCCAGUUACUCGCAAGCUCUUAGUGGGAACCUGAGUCAGAGCUACCUAGAGUUAAGCUCUGUACUCCUACUUUAAAAUAUUAAGAAGAGGGACCUGUGGGAUGGUGAUCACACAUUCCACCUCGUCCUCAUUUCCUAAUGAGAUCUUAUCUUGCUUUACCCAGCAGGUGUGCAUAAGAGGAUGAUUGGACCACGGGUCUGGGUAUCAGGUGUUUGGAAGGAUCUAUACUUGGUUGUAUCUAGCAAGGGGGAUGCCUUUUGCCUCCCUUCCCUUGGCAUUUUUUUUAAGAUUUAUUUAUUUAUUACGUAAACAGUGUUCUGCCUGCAUGUGUCCUUGCAGGCCAGAAAAGGGCACCAGAUCUAAUUGCAAGUGGUUGUGAGCUACCAUGUGGUUGCUGGGAAUUGAACUCAGGACCUCUGGAAGAGUAGUCAGUGCUCUUAAUCACUGAGCCAUCUCUCAGUUAUAAAAAAAAGGGCAUUGUUAUAAAAAGCCCUUUUGAAUAAAGUUCUGGACCACUGGGUAUUGACCCAGGUCCUCCUGAAGCUAUCCUGUGUUUUUGUCUUUCCUCUUGGCUAUGCCUAUCAUUCUACCUAAUAUUUCUUAUUCCACUCUCCUCCUCAUAGGAAACCUUUUAAAAAGUGGGUGGCUGGUCUCCCACACCAGUCCCCCCAAGAAAUGAGGAAUUCUCUAUAUCUGAUCCAUGGAAAUAUAUUUUUCAUAUUUCUUCCAGAAGGAAGGAGAGCAUUGAUAAGCAGGAAGAUAAAGGAUGCUUUACUAUCAUUACUCAAACAUCUGAUGAAAUAAAGGAAAGGAACACAGGGACAUGCUGAUAAAAUUUAAAUUCAUCAAGAUGAGAAGGAUAGUAGGAUUAUGUAGUUCUGAGGGAUUGUUUUCUUAUAUUUAAGUUUUCUUUUAAUAUUCUUGACAUCUUUCUAGUAUAUAUUUAUUAUACAAAGUAAUAACUCUCUCUAUUACAUUUACAUAUAUAUUGGAUUUGUUUUCCAUUUAUUUUAAGGCAAAAUAUGGAAUUGCAAUUUCAGCCUCUAUCUUGCUAUAUUAUUACUUGUCUUUGAUUUUCUGCAUUAGCUGCUUGUCUUGUUUCUAUGACAAAAUAUAUUACAAAAUCAUUUUGAGGAAGUAAGGAUUUGCUUUGCUUCACAAUUUCAGAGUGCAGUCGAUAAUGACAGGGAAAUUGUGGUGUCAGGAGCUUGAAGGAGCUGGUCAUAUUGUAGAGAAAAUGAACGUUGGUACUCAUUUCACUUUCUCCUUUUUACAAAGUCAGGAGACCCCAGCACAUGGAACAGUGUUGUCCACAUUUAGGGUGAGUUUUCCCAUUCCAAUUAACUUAAUCUGUACAUCCUUUACAAAUACCCCAUCUCACAUCUGUGUUAAAUUCUAGGUCCUUUCAGGUUGACAAUCAGUAUUAACUACGAUGCUUUCCCAUCUCCAUUUUUUUUGUCUAUUAUCUUUUUUAGUUAAUUACUUUAUUAAUUUUCUCAGCCCCAUCACAUUUUCCCCUCUCUCUCUCCUCUCCUCCCAGUCCCGUCCCACCCCUUCUUCUCCCUCCCAUCCAUUCCUCCUUCUUUCUCUUCAGAAAAAGGCAGGACCUCUAUGCAUAUCAGCCAGCCAUGGCAUAUCAUGUUUUGUUAAUUCUUUGAGAAUUUCAUGAGACAUAUUUUGAUCAUAUUCAUUGCCCUCCUCCAGCUCCUCCUAGAGUUUCCCCUAUCUUUCUCUUUCUUAAACAGCAAAACAAUACAAAAACAUGGCAUGCAGUUUGUGUUGGCUGACUGUUCCUGGAUGUGGGGCCUGCCCUGGAGUGUGGUCAAUAUGCCCAGUGUCAGUCCACUGAAUAAAACUCACUUUCCUUUUCCCAGGAGUUUUCAAUAGUCAACAACUCCUCAGCGUGGGACAGGACUUCAUGUCUACCCCACCUGGCCCAUGCUGGGAUUUUGUCUGGUUUAAGCUUGUGAAGGUUUGCACAUGAUGUCACAGUCUCUGUGAACUUGUAUGUGCAUCUGCCUUGUUGUGUCAGGAAAACACCAUUUCCUUAAAAUCAUCCACCACAUUUGGCUCUUACAAUCUUUUUGCCCCCUCUUUCACAUAGAUCAACGAGCUCUGAGGGGAAGGGUAUGGUAUAGACUUACCAUUUAAGGCUGACCAUUCCAAAGUCUCUUAUUCUCUAUAUGUUGAUCAGUUGCGAGUUUCUGUUUUAAUGUCCAUCUGUUGCAAGAAGAAACUUCCCUGAUGAAGGUAGAGUGAUGCACUGAUCUAUAGCAAUAGGUCAUUAGGAGCUCUUUGUUUAACAGAAUAAUAGUAAUAGGUUUUUCUCUAGGGAUCACAACAUAUAGCUUUGGGUUUGGCCUCACUGACAGGGCCAGGUUUGGGUUCUACAUUGUGCAGUGGUCCUUAAAUCCAAUAACAAAUGGUUGGUUACUUCCAUUCAUGCCACUAUUACAUGAGUGGGCAUAUCUUGUUAGGUAGGUCAUUAUUGUAGCUUAAAGGGUUCCUAGCUGGGUAAGCCGGCACUAUGAACACUAGUCAAUAGUUAUGGAGCUUCAAGUUGAGCACCAUCUAGAUUUCUCCAUGUUCUAUGACAUAAGUUUGUGGUGCAUUCAACAAUGGGGUCUUAUCAUCAAAUUCUGGAGAAUAACUAGUAGUAUUGACCUAUAACAUUUAAUGGUCUCUGCGACCCCAUUGGCAAACAACUAAAAAAAGAUGACACCUACUUCUGGUACUGGAGGUUUUACUUGAUAGCAUAUGAUAUCUAGUUGGGGCAUUAUCUCCCCCCAUUAUGUGUUAAUUUCAUUUAAACUCCUUUUAUGCAUUUUUAUAUAUUUUAGAAAGUUCUACAGUAGUAAGUUUCCAUAUGGCUUUUUAGACAGCCUCUAGUGUUAGUUAUGCUUCCCAUAUUCCUUUCUUUACCCUGACCUCCCAUCCUCCACCCUAUUUAAUCUUUCCUUUUCCAAUUCCCCCUUUAUCCCUUUAGAACACUUUAUGCUAUUUUCCUUUCCUUGGAAGAUCCCCCUUGGCCCCUAUGGUCCUUUACUGGCUACCCAACCUCUAUGGUUAUAUCUAAAACCUAAAAGCUAAUAUCCACAAAUGAAAAGAAGCAAGUCUUUCUGGAUCUGAGGUAUCUCACUCAUAAUGACUGUUUCUAGUUCCAUCCAUUUACCUGCAAAUUUCAUAAAAUCAGGAAUAGUAAUAACAGCUGAAAAAAUAUUCCAUUGUAUAAAUGUACCACAUUUUCAUUAUAUCAUCAUCAGUUGAUAGACAUCUAAGCUGUUUCAAAUUUCUGGGUAUUAUGACUAGAGCAGCAAUAAACAUGGAUAAGAAAGUACUCCUGUAAUACAAUGUAGAGUCCUUUGAAGAUAUGCCCAAGAGUAGUAUAGCUGGAUCUUGUGUUAUAUCUAUUAUCAGCUUUUUAAGGAUUCUAUAGCCUGGUUUCUAUAGGAGCUGUACAAGUUUGCACUCCCACCAGCAGUAAAUAAGUAUUCCCCUUUACUCACAUCUUUGCCAUUUGUCAUAUUUUUUUAUUGAAACUGAUCAUUCUGACUAGGGUAAGAUGAAAUCUCUAAGUAGUUUUAAUUUGUAUUUCCCUGAUGCCCAAGGAUGAUGGGCAUUUUAAAAUUGUUUUUCUGCUAUUUGUGUCUUAGUUACUUUUGUAUUGCUGUGAAGAGACACCAUGACAAAGGUAACUUAUAGAAGAAAGCACUUGGGGGAGGGGCUCGCUUACAGUUUCAGAAGGUGAGUCCAUGACCAUCACAGCAGACAACAUGGCAGCAGGCAGGCAGGCAUGGUGCUGGAGCAGUAGUUGAGAGUUUACAUGUUGAGAAAACAAUAGCAAAAGAGAGAGACAGAGACACAGAGAGACAGAAAACUAACUGGGGAUGUGUGGGCUUUUGAAAUCUCAAAGCCCAUCCCCAGUGCCACACCUCCUCCAACAAAGCCACACUUCCUCCAACAAAACCACACCUCCUAAUCCUUCCCAAAGAGUUCAACCAUUGAAGACCAAGCAUUCAAACAUAUGAGCCUAUGGGGGCCAUACCACAUUGAGGUUUUGUUUUGUUUAGUAAUCUUUAUAGUCUACAUACUAAUACUCUGUCAGAUAUUUAAUGGGUAAAAUUUUCAACCAUUUUACAGGCUGCUUUUUCACUCAAAUGGUGGUGUCCCUGCUGUAUACAAGCUUUUAAAGGUUUCAUGAGGUUUUGUUUAUCAAUUGCUGGUUUAAUUCCUUGCUAUUGGGGUCCUGUUCAGAAAGUUCUUUCCUGUGCCAAUGAAUUCAACUAUCUUCUUUACUUUCUCUCUGUCAGAGUUGGGUAUCAGGUCUUAUGUUGGGGUACUUGAUGCAUUUGGAGCUGAAUUAUGUGCAGGGUGAUAGAUAUGGACGUAGUUUAAUUCUUCUACAGAUAGUUAUACAAUUUGACCAGCACCAUUUGUUGAAGAUGCUGUCCUUUUUCCAGUGUAUAAUUUUGGUUUCUUUGUCCAAAAAAUUGGGUGUUUGUAAUUGGUUAUUGUUGUUUUACUUUUUGGGGGGCCUGCCACCCAGCUCCCAAAUAACCACACAUGGAGGCUUAUACUUUUUUUUUUAAAUAAAUGCCUGGCCUUAGCUUGUCUUACUCAUAGUCAGCUUUUCUUAACUUAAAUUAUUCCAUUUACGUUUUGCCUCUGGGCUUUUUCUUUUUCUUCUGUGUAUCUUAUUUUCACUCUUACUCCAUAGCUAGCUGUAUGGCUGUGUGGCUGUGUGGCUGGCCCCUGAUAUCCUCCUUCUGAUCCCUCUAAUGUGCUUCUCCUUCUAUUUAUUCUCUCUGCCUUCCAGCCCCACCUAUUUCUCUCUCCUGCCUCACUAUUGGCUGUUCAGUUCUUUAUUAGACCAGUCAGGUGUUUUAGACAGGCAAAGUAACACAGAUUCACAGAGUUAAAUAAAUUCAACAUAAAAGAAUGCAACACAUCUUUGCACCAUUAAAACAAAUGUUCCACAGCAUAAACACAUGUAACACAUCUUAAUAUAAUAUUCCACAACAAGGUGUCCACAAGUGUGUGGGCCUAUCUUUGGGUUUUCAACUUUAUUAUACUAAUCAACAUGUCCGUUUUUAUGAGAAUACUAUGCUGUUUUUUUAAUUACUGUUUCUUUGUAGUACAACUUAAAAUCAGGAAUAGUGAUACUUCCAGUAGUUAUUUUAUUGUUCAGGAUUGUUUUAACUAUCCUGUUUGUGUGUGUAUUUUCAUAUGAAUCUUUAAGAUUAUUCUUUCAAUUUCUAUAAAGAAUUGUAUCAGAAUUUUGAUGGGGAUUGAAUUUAAACUGUAGAAUGAUUUUUGGUAAGAUGGCCAUUUUCACAAUAUAGAUCCGACCAAUUCAUGAG